UCUCCAAAUUAUCUUCCUCAAUAAAGAUACACACACAGCAAAACUGAUAAGUCGUCUAUCUAUCUAUCUAUAUCCUGAAGCAGAGAUGCUUAUUCAUUAUAGCUCUCCUUUUCUGCACAAUCAUCCUCCAAUCUCCAAAUCCAUUAAAAGAUCAGCUUUUACAAUAAAGAAAAGUAGCAGAAUUAAUGGUGUGGAAAAGGAGUCUGAAUUUGGGACGGAUGAAGAUAAGGCCCGCGAAGCUUUGAGGAAGCUUGAUGAACAGCUCCAAUCUCUCUCUACAAAACAACCUGCCACCCCUAAGAUUAGAGCUGUGGACAUGAGCAGGUCGCCGAGUUUCGAGGGAAUAGAAGAGAAUUCAGAAUUAUCAGGAUCAUUUUGGGCAUAUGCUGUUUCAUUUCUAUUUGUUUUUACUAUUGUCUAUAAUAUAGUUUUUUCCACAAUUAUAAAGCCAUCUGUAGAUGGAGAAGAGCCCAUUCAAUCUACAGAGAGAAUCAAAUGAUGAACAUAACAUUUAUUAGUGAAUUUAUCCUUCUUGUUUAUUAA